AUGUCGCGCUCGCCGCCUCCGGAGACUCGUGCUGGGCCGACGCAGGGCCACAACUGGUGCAACGAGUGCCAGCGCUCGUUUGAUCGCGCCGACCACUUUGCCCGCCACGUCCGGUCACACCAAGACCUGCGCCAGUUCCAGUGUCCUUGGUGCCCGAAAAGCUUCAAUCGCGGCGAUCUCCUGCACCGGCACAAACAGAUUCACUCGCGCCGCAGAGACGGGGUGCAGUACGCCGCACGCGCCACGCGGGCCUGCCGAAACUGCGUCCAGAGUAAAGCAAAAUGUACCGAUCAGAAGCCGUGUAAGCGCUGCGUGAGCAAGGGUCUCAGCUGCAAGCCAGCCGUAAGUAGCCGGAAGCGAUCGCACUCCAAUCCCCCACGGGCUACCCUUGCCACCCCUGAAGCUGCCCCCGACCUGCCACCUCAGGACUUUGCGCAGGUGGACGGUACGCCGUCGGGCAUCGAGCCUGCCAAUGCGCCCACCCCAUUCCGGACCCUGCCUUCCAUUCUCUGCGCGGAUACUCGAUCCUCGAUUCGUUCUUUCAGCCUGCUCACGCUGCCUCCGUCGCAUGAUCUGGCUCCGGGCGAUGUCCAGCCCCUGAAUCAGCCCAGUCCGGCCUCCUCGCGGUUUGAAUUCUUCAAGCGAUCUCCAUGGCUCUGGACCCCGGUCCACGUGGACCACGCCUACGCCGGCCAGCAGAACCUUGGGGUCAACGAGAGUGCCAUCGACUCUUCCUUUGGCCUGCAAGAGCGCCUCUACUUCGAGAACAGCCUAACCAACCAGCCAGUUGACUCUACCUGCCGCGAUCGGAUCUUGUACAUGAUUUUCCAAACCGCCAAAUUGCCCUCCAUCUCGUUCCAGUCGUUUCCCUCGGCCCACUUCCUUGAUCGCAUGGUCCAGGUGUAUUUUGGCUGGAACAACCUGCAAUCCACGUCCUGGAUCCAUUCGUCUUCGUUUGUUCCGGCAGACCGCACCACCGAGCUCCUGGGGCUCAUCAUCGCCGCCGGCUCAACCUCGAUAUCGAUUCCCACAGUAUGGAAGAUGGGAUACGCCCUCCAGGAGCGGUCCCGUUUGUCCCUCUCUGCGUCUAUUGAAAGCGAUAAUAGCCGAGUGCGUGAGUUGCAGACAAUGCAGGCAUAUCUACUUUGGGUCUCAAUGGGCCUGUGGAGUGGCUUCAAACGGAACAUGGAGAUCUCCGAGAGUUUUCUUGGAGCGCCAAUUACUAUGUUGCGUCGAUGUGGGAGCUUUGCACGCCACCCCUAUGCACAGACACCACAACCAUACGUGACUGACGACAAUGAAGUACUGCACGCCAAAUGGAUAGCGUGGGUCCACCAGGAAUCACUAAAACGUACGGCGGUCUUUGCACUCAUCACGGAUCUUCGCGGCUCAAUGGCCUACCUGAGGCCCCCGAACUGCUCAUUGACAGAGUUCUCAUGUCCGCUGCCUGCCACGCGCGAUAUCUGGUUGGCUCCGAGUGCAGUGGCUUGGAGGGAUGCGGUCCUCAACAAACCGCCAAUCGGGGACCAGGAGGUACCAUCCUGGGCCGCCAUCAUGGAAGACGGCUCACUCCUGGCCGGCCUCGAGACGCACUACGAUACGGGGUUGAUUGCCCUCGCGAUCGUCCAUGGAUUCUGGUCGCAGGUCUGGGGAUACCACGAAUCCCUGCGGUUCUUCAGACAUAAAAGCAACCACGCCAGCCAGGCCCGGACUAUGCUCUGGCUGUCUUGUCAGCAGCAAGACCUCGCGCAGUGCCUGGUCGCCUCACAACGCGAGCUGGUCAAGCACGGUCUGGAUCCGGCUCAGCUUCGAAUCAUCUCUGAAUUCUGUCUCAUGGCGCUGAAUGUGUCUCCCCGGGAGCUACAGCUCUUUGCCGGACGGCUGGGAGAGGAGGAGGCAGAAACUACGCAUCGGAUUCUGCAACAGUGGAUGAGCGGCCCGGAGUUUCGUGCAGCGGUAUGGCAUGCAGGACAGAUCUUCCGGUUGGCGAGGACUCUGCCGCUGACGCAACUGCGAGAAUUCUGCGCCAUCUGUCUGUAUCAAGCCAGCCUAACCCUAUGGGCAUAUGGGCUGCUUUCCAAGUCAUCUCAGACGGUGGGGACCUUUCCGCCUACGGCUGCAGAACAGGUAGAUGAGCUACAGGUCCGCUUGGAUGGGCCCGAGUGCGCCCUGAGCACAGCCUUUGUCUCUCUGGGUCGAGGGGUUGCAGGUAUCUCUUUAGGUCUAAACAACGCGUUUUGCCCCCUCAGAGAUGUAGAGAACGUUAUGAGGGGGCCUGUGAUAUUUACCGCGACAACUUUCGCUUGGACACGGCCUCCCUUCCGCCAUUGCUCGAAAGCUUGA